GGGCUCUGACACAAGCCAACCCAGUCAGGCCGCACCGCCUGCAGAGCGCCGCACCGAGCAGCCCAGAACUAAGCCCUCGGUGCAAGUUCCUGCAGCCGAGCACCCCCACGCCGCGCCGGGAGGUGUGCCGCUGGGCGGCUGGGCCCGCGGCCGGCGCCGCCACCGCCGCUAACACACGUGACCGAGGCCCUUGGCGGCCCGCCCCCCCAGCCGGAGGGAGGACAGGAUUAUGGCACAGACUCAAGGGUUGGGGAAGAGAUACAUUAAAGCCUUUUUUAAAGGUUUCUUUGUUGCUGUUCCCAUAACGGUGACUUUCCUGGAUAGAGUUGCCUGCGUAGCAAGGGUGGAAGGAGCAUCAAUGCAGCCUUCUUUGAAUCCUGGGGGAAGACAAGCAUCUGAUGUAGUGCUCUUAAACCACUGGAGCAUUCGAAAUUAUGAUGUACAGCGUGGGGACAUUGUGUCAUUGGUGUCUCCUAGAAACCCUGAACAGAAGAUCAUUAAACGAGUGAUUGCUCUUGAAGGAGACAUUAUCAAAACCAUUGGAUACAAAAAGAAGUACGUAAAAGUUCCACAUGGGCAUAUUUGGGUGGAAGGUGAUCAUCAUGGACACAGCUUUGACAGCAAUGCUUUUGGCCCGGUUUCUCUUGGACUUCUACAUGCUCGAGCUACUCAUAUCCUCUGGCCUCCACAACGCUGGCAGAAGUUACAGCCAGUGCUACCUCCAGAGCGCAAACCACUCCAGAGAGAGCAAGAGUGAUCUGAAUGUUCAGACAGAGAAACGGUGAAGUGAAGUUUAACCGGGAAGAGUUGCAGUGGUUAUACCAUCUCCUGUAAGAGCUUUUGCCAAGUUUGCUUUACAUUAGGUACCAUAUCAGCAAAUACAUGUGACAUCUUCAUGUUAUAAUGCCACCUUAAGUGUAAAGUUCUUUCGGGUUUUGGUGGGUCUUUUUGUUUGCUUUGGUUUUUUGGUGGUUUUUUUAAUAUCUCAAACAGUAGUGCAUUUUGUGUUAUUUUAGUUUGAAAUAAUUGGUUGUAGAAGGUUUGAAUGUUCAGUUUUUCUGGGAGCAGUGAAAUGCUUGACUUACUAUGUCUGUACUCGUGCUUGUUUGGAUAAGAAAUUAUUAAAAAAUUAUUAAAACCUUCAAUAAAAUAUCUUUUACAUUCA